AUGGAGGCUCGUGUGGGGAACAAGUUUCGUCUCGGACGCAAAAUCGGAAGCGGUUCUUUUGGAGAGAUUCAUCUUGGUACUCAUCUUCAAACAAAUGAAGAAGUUGCCAUCAAGCUUGAAAAUGCCAAGACAAAACAUCCACAACUGCUCUAUGAAUCCAAGUUAUACAGACUUCUACAGGGAGGAACUGGUGUUCCAAAUAUUAAGUGGUUCGGUGUUGAAGGUGACUACAAUGUACUGGUCAUGGAUUUACUUGGGCCUAGUCUUGAAGACUUGUUCAAUUUCUGUAGCAGAAAACUUUCUCUCAAGUCCGUCCUCAUGCUUGCUGAUCAAAUGAUAAACCGUGUAGAGUAUUUCCAUUCGAAAUCUUUCCUUCACCGAGAUCUCAAGCCUGACAAUUUCCUCAUGGGGUUAGGAAGACGCGCCAACCAGGUAUACAUCAUCGACUUUGGUCUUGCUAAGAAGUACAGGGAUAACACUACUCAUCAGCACAUUCCUUACAGAGAAAACAAGAAUCUCACUGGAACCGCAAGAUAUGCUAGUAUGAAUACUCACUUGGGAAUUGAACAAAGCAGAAGGGAUGACCUAGAAUCACUUGGUUACAUCCUCAUGUAUUUCCUUAAAGGAAGUCUUCCAUGGCAAGGACUCAAAGCUGGAACCAAGAAACAAAAGUACGAGAGAAUCAGCGAAAAGAAAGUCUCUACAUCCAUUGAGUCCUUAUGCCGUGGCUACCCUUCUGAGUUCGCAUCCUACUUCCAUUACUGCCGCUCCCUCCGGUUUGAUGAUAAACCUGACUACGGUUACCUCAAAAGAAUCUUCAGAGAUCUCUUCAUCCGUGAAGGGUUUCAAUUCGAUUAUGUCUUUGACUGGACCAUACUGAAGUACCAACAGUCACAACUAACAGCUCCUCCAUCACGUGGCCCUGCGGCUGGAACAAGUACCGGUUUGCCUCCAGGAUUAACCACCAUGGACAGAUACGGAGAGGAAGAUGGAGGGAGACCACCGAUGGAUUCAUCAAGAAGGAGAAUGUCAGGAGCUCUUGACAACUCUGGGAACUUGUCAUCAGCUGCUGUUAGAGCUCCAAUGAUGCCAAGCUCGUCCCUGUUUGGACAAUCAGCAGGAUCAUCAAGGAGAGUAACGUCUGAGGAGCUGCAGAGGAGCCGUACGGGAGGUGGAAUAAGAAACUCUGGGAUGGUUUCUUCAACGUCGGAAAGGAAGAGAUCUUCUUCCACUAGAAAACAUUAUGAUUCUGCUAUCAAAGGCAUUGAGACUCUCCAAGUCUCAGACGAAAGGUAUCACCAUCACUGA